AUGCACAACUACGCAAUGACAAAGAGCGAUAAAUAUGCAAAAAACAAUUUAGCAGAAGAGUUGCAGAAUAAGCUAAAGAUAUCUUCAAAGGAAAGAAGAAAAAAGCAUUUCCUAGCAGACUAUGCCACAUAUUCGCAAAACUCACAAAGCAGCAGAGAUUCACCCACUAGCACAGCACUAGAGGAAGAGGAGAAAUUGAAGAGAAACAAAAAGGACAUUCGAGACUUGAUUAAGCAGAUAAGAAAUGAAAUAAACUUCACAGCAACCCCAUACGAGGUUAUAGAAAACCUGGAAGAUCUAAUAUGGUUGGAAGAAAGUAUCCGAGAGACAUCUCCUGCUACAAAGGUAAGAUAUAUAUGUAUAGGCAUAAACACAGAAGUAAAUCCAAAUCUUGCACUUUUAAAAAGAAAAAUGAAAGAGUACCAGGAGCUCCUGGAAAUCAAGGAGACUGCAGGGCACAAAGAAGAGUGGAAGAGAGUGAAAGACGAUCUGACAGAGAUUAUCUGCCAGUAUGCAAAUGAAAAGAAGUUUAAGCUUCCAUCUAUCAAAAGCUGCUACUAUAACUGGGAAGUCUGGGUGAGCAGGGUUUUGUCUAACAUCUGGUGCAGCAACUACACCUUAAAAGAGCUAAAAGAAGAAAUAAUGCGAGGCAAAAACUAUCCUGUUAGGUGGGAUGAAAUAGACUUUACGCAAACCCCAAAUCAGAUACGGGAGAAGCUCAUUAAGUACAGCGAAUAUGAAACAAAGGUGCUGGAGCAAACAAAAAUCAACCUGGAGCAGGCUGCAAAGGCCCAGGUCCUGGAAAAGCCACUGCAAAAGGCACAAACGAAGAAAAUAGUAUGCACAGGAUGCAAAAAGACAGGGCACACAACUGCACACUGCUAUUUAAAAAAGAAAUCUCUGGAAGAGUCCUCAUAUAAAGCGACAGCUGCACUCAUGGAGAAAGCAAAAACAGAUGAGACUGCGAGCAGUAGUACAUCCUUGUCGCCUGAUUAUCCUGAAACAAAGCAUCAGGAGAAAGGCGAAAAAGACAUUAUGCCGUAUUUUGAAGGAUCUGGAAACCGAGCACUAUUGAAGAUAAGAGACAUACAUAGUCUUUAG